AUGGCUAUCAACUAUCUGAUCCUCCUUUCACGCCAAGGCAAAGUGCGCCUAGCGAAAUGGUUCACCACCCUAUCUCCUAGGGAGAAGGCCAAGAUUGUCAAGGACGUAUCCCAGCUCGUCUUGGCUCGCCGAACUCGAAUGUGCAACUUUCUAGAAUACAAGGAUACAAAGAUUGUCUACCGCCGAUAUGCAUCCUUGUUCUUCAUCGCCGGCUGCUCCUCCGACGACAACGAGUUGAUCACUCUCGAGAUCAUCCACCGCUACGUCGAACAAAUGGACAAAUACUAUGGCAACGUCUGCGAACUCGAUAUUAUCUUCUCCUUCACGAAAGCCUACUACAUCCUAGACGAGCUCCUGCUGGCAGGCGAGCUCCAGGAGAGCAGUAAGAAGAAUGUAUUAAGAUGUAUCUCUCAACAGGACUCGCUUGAGGACAUGGAGUUCCUCUCACUCCCCGAUUUCGACGUUAUCACCAGCGCGCUCAACUUCAACACGCCGGAUUGCCAUGUCACAGGCGGCUGCGAUCUCUACACCACCAAAGCAGCAGGCGGAGAUAAGAAACUCUACAAAUCCAUCGAUAAAUCACUCGAGUCGCAACAUGCCGCGCUACUCAAGUUCGGCGCAUCUCUCUCCCCGCCGCAGCGCGACUCGUUGGAAGCGAGCCUCAACCUCAGCCGCUCAUCACCAUUUGGCCCGCUGUCCGAGGUGUCAUCGCGCCGCACCUUCGCCUAUCUCAUCGCGACACUGAACGCGUCGCAUCCGGACUAUGACUUCAGUCACAUCCUUCGCCCGGCUGACUUCAAGCGCGAGCGUAACCUUCGCCAAGUCAUGAACAACCUCGACAGCACUCUGAACAGCGUGCGCCCGAACUCGAGCUUUCUCGAUGUCGCCAUUGCGCGCAACUCGCCGCCGGGCUUGUCGAUGACCCCUGCAUGGGGUCCGCAAAUGUGGGCCUUGAUUGACAAGGAGAUGUCGCUCAAGGACUGCAACGUCUUCUCGUACCAACCUGCGGAUGAUCCUUUUGAAGAAGAAGAAGGCGCAAUCUGGUCGCUGCAUUACUUUUUCUUCAACAAGGCCCUCAAGCGGGUGUGCUACUUCUACGUCCGCGGCGUCCCCGUCAUGAGUCACAGUCCCAGCCUCAGGGCUUCCGCCGUUGGACGAAAGCUCAGCGCCGACUUUUCCUUGUCGUCGAAGCGUCGAGGCCAGGGACUUAUGUUCUCCGCCGCCAACAAGAGGGCCAGGUUCUGGCUCGGUGACAGGGCAGGGGAGCGCGUCGCCGUUAGCGACGACGAUAUGGACGACGACGACGACCUGGAGUGGAAUCGUGGUUCUGACGGAGAUCUGAAAUACCCCGACGAUGAUGACGACGACGACGAGUCGGAGAUCAUCGACGAGGGAUCCGAGGAGAGCGACGACGACCGCAUGCACAGGAGUCCUGUCCGUGGUAUGAGCGAGGACAUUGCGGCCAGAAUGGACAUCGAGACCUGA